AUGCUCAACGAACUUCUACCCGAGGACCUCCUCGAUACACGAGCCAUUAUUUUCAUCGCGGUCUCUGCAACUGCCUUGCUUGGACUUUAUCGGCGAUGGAGAGCCUCGCGAGAGCUUAGGUUGCCGUUUCUGAAAUUUGAAGAUGGUGAUGAUUCGAGGCAGAGAUAUGUAGCGGAGAGCACCAAGCUGCUGAAGCUUGGCUACGAAAAGUAUUUGAAACAUGGCCAAGCAUUUGCCAUGCGCAACUACAUCGACGAACUCGGUCCGCAGGUGUAUUUGCCACUCAAGUACUUGGAUCAGUUCAAGACCGCGCACGAGUCCAAGCUCAGCUUUCCGUAUUUUUCAGAAUUGCUCUUUUCUCAAAAUGAAAUCGGCAUGGCCAAAGUCACGGAGGAGGCGUCGCACGUUAUGCGGACGGACCUGAUCCGCAAUUUGCCUGCCAUUAUUGCCGGGGUCAAGGAUGAAUGCUCUGUAAUUUUCGACAAGAUGAUUCCGCGAACCCCAGAUUGGACCCCUGUAAUCCCCUACCCCAUCUUCGCCUUCGUCAUGGCACGCCUCUCAGCCAGAGUCAUCGCCGGCCCCGAACUCGGCAGAAACGAGGAAUGGCUCGGCAUCUGCAUCAGCUUCACGCAAAAGUCCAUGGAAGCCGCCCACGCCCUCCGCGCCUCGGAAAAGAGGCCGCAGUUCAACGAUGGCGUGCAGUGGCUCAUGGAGCAUUACGAUGCGCAAAACCGCAAGCUGACCCCGGCGAUCCUGGCGGAGCACGAGCUGUUCUUGGCCGUGGCGUCGAUCCAUAGCAGUUCCGCCAUUGCCCUGUCCAUCUUGUAUGACCUGCUCGAUGAUAGACGUCAAGAUGCGAAGAAGGAAAUCCUCGAUGAGAUUGCGGCGAUUACCAACGAGUACCCGAGCUGGACCCGGCCUGCCGUGGCCAAGCUCUUGAAAUUGGAUAGCUUUAUGAAAGAAAGUCAGCGGCUUCACUUUAUGGGACACGCACGCGUCACACGUGCGGCUCGCGUACCCUUCACCUUUGGCGACGGCCUCCACCUCCCCAAAGGCACAAUGGCUCAGAUCCUCCACAGCGGCCCGCAGACCGACCCCGAGUUCUACGAAGACCCAGAGACAUUUGAUCCUUGGCGAUUCCUCCGCAAACGCGAGACCAUUGACCCCUACAAGUUCCAGUUCGCGAGCCUGUCCAACGUGGAGACUACGUUUGGCGCGGGCUUCCACGCGUGCCCGGCGCGGAACUACGCCGCUGAUACCCUGAAGCUUGUUCUUGUGCAUCUGCUGACGACGUACGAUAUCAAGUAUGCCAAGGAGGAGCAGAGACGACCGGCAGAGACGUAUCACGAUAAUGCUACGCUUCCGAAUUUCGCCACACAGCUUUUGUUUAAGAGCAAAGCCUAA